GAUGUGGUCAUAAAGACGAGACCUCCCAUCGAAGGUGGCGUCGCGGGCCCUUCGCGCCUCGCCCGUGGUCCGAGAGGACGGACAGGUGCGGGCGGGGGUACCCGCCAGACCGCGCCUGCAGGCGGCACCAGGACCUCGGGUCCCUUAGAGCCCGCUGGCUUCUCAGCCCUCGCCGCGCAGAGGGGCCGUUUCUCGGCUGCAGGAGACACCGCCCCCUCAGUCCGUACCUGUUCCCCAGUUACGUUCGGCCCUGCGAGGUGCAGCCUUCGGCACGCCGCCGCUCCUCGCAUACUACUUCCCUGCGUUUUGGAAUUAACUUCAUUUGAGACGCCCUCCCUCCGGGUCCAAAGGUCUUUUUACCGGCGUUGAAUCUCACUUGUAAAAUUGAGUUUUGGAGUCUCGGGUGUCAUGCAUAGAGAUUACCUGUAGGACAGCACCCAUUUAUUUGGUAGCACACUCACCAGCGCAUGCUCACUAGAGAACUUAAAUCCGGAACACACAAAAUAUUAUGGCUGAGUACGGGGCUCAUAUCACAACUGCUUCUGUAGGGGAUGACCAGCCCUCCAUCUUUGAGGUGGUUGCACAGGACAGCUUAAUGACAGCAGUGCGACCUGCUCUUCAGCAUGUGGUCAAGGUUCUUGCAGAAUCAAAUCCUGCCCACUGGGGCUUCCUGUGGAGGUGGUUUGAUGAAAUUUUUACUCUGCUAGAUCUUCUGCUUCAGCAGCAUUAUCUGUCUAAAGCCAGUGCCUCAUUUUCUGAAAACUUCUAUGGCUUAAAGCGUGUUGUAAUGGGAGACUCUCACAGGUCUCAGACAUUGGCCAGUGCCGGUCUGCCCACGAAGCACCUCUGGAAGUCAGUUAUGUUCCUGGUUCUUCUUCCCUAUUUGAAAGUAAAGCUAGAGAAGCUGGUUUCUAGCUUGAGAGAAGAGGAUGAAUAUUCUAUUCAUCCCCCUUCUUCCCACUGGAAGCGAUUUUACAGAGCCUUUCUGGCAGCCUACCCAUUUGUUAACAUGGCCUGGGAAGGCUGGUUUCUAGUACAACAACUCCAAUACAUUCUAGGAAAAUCUCAGCACCACUCGCCACUACUAAGACUGGCUGGAGUUCGACUAAGUCGGCUAACAGUUCAGGAUAUGCAAGCUCUGGAGCAGAGACCUAGAGCCAAUAUGAUGCAGCAGCCAGCCAGGAGCAUUAGUGAGAAGAUAAAAUCAGCUCUGAAGAAAACUGUGGGAGGUGUUGCCCUGUCCCUCUCUACUGGCCUUUCUGUGGGUGUCUUCUUCCUACAGUUCCUUGACUGGUGGUACUCAAUGGAAAAUCAAGAAACCAUCAAAUCAUUGACUGCCCUGCCUACUCCGCCACCACCUGUACACCUAGAUUACAACUCUGAUUCUCCUUUGUUACCCAAAAUGAAGACUGUGUGCCCCCUGUGUCGGAAAACCCGGGUGAACGAUACUGUGCUUGCCACCUCUGGUUAUGUGUUUUGCUAUCGCUGUGUGUUUAAUUAUGUGAGGAGUCACCAAGCCUGUCCCAUCACAGGUUAUCCAACAGAAGUACAACAUCUAAUUAAACUGUACUCCCCUGAGAACUGAACGAGAUUAGCAUAUUAUCUCAUAACUUAAAUACUGUACUGUAAGGCCAGAGGGCUAUUUUUUAACAUGGUAUAUAGCUUUGACAUCUCUCUGCCUUGAGUCACUUGAAAGUAUUAACCCUGAACUACAAUAUAGAUUUCUUUAAAAGGA